UCUGCCCCCACUCCCCGCCCCGGCCGCCAUUGCCUCGUGCCCGCGCCGGUCGGUUGGUGGCGCCUUUGUCCUACGGCGGGCAGGUGGGCUGAGGCGGAGGCGGCAGCGGCGGGCCUGAGGCGAAGAAGCGGCCAGGAGCCCGCCGCGCUGGUAGCGAUAUUAAUAAGGCAGCGGAAAGAAGAAAUAUGAAUACGGCUCCGUCAAGACCCAGCCCCACACGAAGAGAUCCAUAUGGCUUUGGAGACAGUCGAGAUACAAGACGUGAUCGGUCCCCCAUUCGAGGAAGUCCAAGGAGAGAGCCCAGGGAUGGCAGAAAUGGCCGGGAUGCUCGAGAUAGCAGAGACAUGCGAGACCCCCGAGAUUUGCGGGACCACAGAGAUAGCAGAGACAUUCGGGAUCACAGAGACAGCAGAAGUGUGCGUGAUACUCGGGACAUGAGGGAUCUUAGAGACUUUCGUGACCUAAGAGACUCUAGGGAUUUUCGAGAGCACCGGGACCCCAUGUACGACAGAUACAGAGAUAUGAGAGACUCCCGAGAUCCCAUGUACAGGAGAGAAGGCUCUUAUGACCGAUACCUGCGAAUGGAUGACUAUUGCAGGAGGAAGGAUGACUCUUACUUUGACCGUUACAGAGAUAGCUUUGAUGGACGAGGCCCUCCAGGCCCAGAAAGUCAGUCUCGUGCAAAAGAAAGGCACGGUCCAUGUUUCAGUUUUACCUGGUGUCAUCCUGCAGAGCGUUUGAAACGUGAGGAACGACGUAGAGAAGAGCUUUAUCGUCAAUAUUUUGAGGAAAUCCAGAGACGCUUUGAUGCCGAGAGGCCUGUUGAUUGUUCUGUGAUUGUGGUCAACAAGCAGACUAAAGAUUAUGCUGAAUCUGUGGGGCGAAAAGUUCGAGACCUGGGCAUGGUAGUGGACUUGAUCUUCCUCAACACAGAGGUGUCACUGUCACAAGCCUUGGAGGAUGUUAGCAGGGGAGGGUCUCCCUUUGCUAUUGUCAUCACCCAGCAACACCAGAUUCACCGCUCCUGUACGGUCAACAUCAUGUUUGGAACCCCACAAGAGCAUCGCAACAUGCCCCAGGCAGACGCCAUGGUGCUGGUGGCCAGAAAUUAUGAGCGCUACAAGAAUGAGUGCCGGGAGAAGGAACGCGAGGAGAUUGCCAGACAGGCAGCCAAGAUGGCUGAUGAAGCCAUCCUCCAGGAAAGAGAGCGAGGAGGCCCUGAGGAAGGAAUGCGCGGGGGGCACCCUCCAGCCAUCCAAAGCCUCAUCAACCUGCUGGCAGACAAUAGGUACCUCACUGCCGAAGAGACUGACAAGAUCAUCAACUACCUGCGAGAACGGAAGGAGCGGCUUAUGAGGAGCAGCACCGACUCUCUGCCUGGCCCGAUUUCCCGUCAACCACUCGGGGCGACCUCGGGUGCCUCGCUGAAGACACAGCCAAGCUCCCAACCGCUCCAGAGCGGCCAAGUGCUCCCCUCUGCUACACCCACUCCAGCUGCACCCCCCACCUCCCAGCAAGAGCUUCAGGCCAAAAUCCUCAGCCUCUUCAAUAGUGGCACGGUUGCGGCCAAUAGCAGCUCUGCUUCCCCCUCAGUUGCUGCCGGAAACACCCAGAACCAGAAUUUUUCCAUAGCGAACAGCCAGCCUCAGCAAAGAUCACAGGCCUCUGGCAGUCAGCCUCCAAACAUUUUGGGACAGGCAGGAUCUGCUCGGAACAUGGGUCCCAGGCCUGGGGCUCCUUCCCAAGGGCUCUUUGGCCAGCCUUCCACUCGCCUGGCACCUGCCAGCAACUUAGCUAGCCAGAGGCCCGUGUCUUCCACAGGUAUCAACUUUGACAAUCCAAGUGUACAGAAGGCUCUGGACACUCUGAUCCAGAGUGGCCCUGCUCUCUCCCACCUGGUUAGCCAGACAACAGCACAGGUGGGGCGGCCCCAGGCCCCCAUGGGAUCGUACCAGAGGCAUUACUGAGGCUAAAUCUCAACUACCCUCGGUCCCCUCUUCCCCUGGUCUCCCACCUAUUGCGUUCUAAAUAGAGUUAUUUGGAGGAUGUUCUCUGCGCCUAUCCAGGUCCACAUCGAAUGUCAUAAGUUUCUACCAUCUGCUCUCUUCUGCCCAAGGCUGUGUUGCUUAUUCCUUCCAGAGUCAGAAUUUAUACUACAUUGGAGGUGUAUUUUUGUUGUUGUUGGGGGUUUUUGUUUUGUUUUUUGGUAGAAAAUAAAUAUCUCUGGGGUCAUGGGCAGUAUAGGUGUCUGGGCUCAGUUUGUAUUUUAUUUGUCUAUGAGCUGAAUGUGGGGGUGGGGGAGGAAGAAGCCAAGGCCCAACUGGCUGAAUUUGAGGUAGCAUUUUCAUGUUGGGAGCCACUGCCUUUGUUCAUUUUGAACCUACCAGGUUUUUCAGCCUCGCACAGGCUCACCAGAGCUCAAGCUCCUGCCUGCAGCUUCCGUGUAGGGUUGCAGAGCAGCAGGUUGGGCUUGGUGGGCACGGCGUCAUCAUGCCCCAUCCCACGUACGUGGGGUCUGCUUGAGGAUUCAUAAGCCGGCCGGUCAACAACUGGAGUUGUUGAGGUGUGGCCAGGGCAGCCACUUUUCUGCCUGACCCAGGUUGUUUUCUGGUUUUCUCUUUCUUUUUGGCUUUCAUUUUGAUGGAAGAUCUCCCAUGGACUGAAUAGCUCCAGUCACCAGCAGUUUAACACAAACUGUGAAUCUGGGCCUUAAUCACUCUUACCCCCUAACAUUUCUGUCAGCCUCUCCCUCACCAGUGGUAGUUUCAUGGAGUCGGCUCUGAGAAGGCAGCUCUGGACUCUGGCAGUGAACACCCAUUUUUUCAGUGAUUGCUUUGGGCGGUUGGCUCAAAAAUCAGGCUCUUGUUCUGUUUUCUAAGCAGCAGGAGGUAGGGACCAUUUUGAUGUCAGACUUUUGGUAGCUGGACAUGUUCUUGAUAUAGGCGGCUCUUCAUAACUUUUGAUCCAGAGUGAAAUUACUAGAGGGAGGGUUUCUGGCUGCUGCUCUAAACGGAGCCAAAGGAAGCUGCCCUCUCCCUAGGGAUGGUGUUCAUUAGAGCCUUGUGGAUCAGUCUCAAGGGGCCCCUGGCAGAGACAAGGGAGAGCAGUGACUUCAGCUGAGUCCCUGCCAGUGGCUGAGUAAACAAUGGUUUCAAAAAUUCAAGGUCCCCAGAUGGCAGCAUUUUAUGUUCUGACCUGUUUGUGUUAUAUAGUGUUUUCUUCCUCUUUGAAACUUUUGUGUUGUUAAUAAGAUGAGAUGAUUACUUUUUAAUUAAAAUGAAAAAGUGAAAGGUGUGUUGUCUUUCUUGGGUGUGAAUAUCCACAGGCCUCUUUGUGGGCAUUCCUUCCCAGAGUUUGAAAGUGAGGUUCCCUGGCAACACUGAUUGGUUUCGGUCUGCCGUGAGUCUGCCCCCUCUUGUCCUCAACCUGCAGUUAAAUCUCUUUUAACCCUAGCUUCUCUUCUUAUGCUGCUCACCUCGUUAGAUGCCUUAAUAACCGUUCAGAGCAAAAGCCUGCUGGUUAAUUAUAAUGCUAUGUAAACGUCCUUGUUUGUGGCAGACUUUGUGUGUCAGAGGCUUAUCCUCUUAUUCUAGAAUAGGAAAACAGGACUGUGAGGAGGCUAUUUGUGGCCAAAGGCCAGUGGAGAGUGGGGUACUCUCCUGUUUUGAUUUUGUCUCAGUUGCCACCCUCUCUCCAGCGUAUCAUGCAAGGAGUUGGCAGAACCAGAGUCAGGUAGGUGUCCUGGAGAGCAUUUAAAAGAGCCCAUCAGGAAACUUGGGGUGGGUGUAGUGAAGCGACUGGCACAAAGCCUCCAGUGGGUUAGGGACCAAGAUGCUGACUGCUGAGCCUGCCCUAGAAGUGCUCACCAUCUCAUAGGAGAUGUGGGUGCAGUGCCCCUGCUGCCAGUUCCUUUGUCCCCCUAGGACAGCACCCCAGAGCUAUCAGUACACAAACUGGACAGCCAGGCCUGGGGGAUCAGCCCACCUGACUCUUCUGUCAGUGGUGGUCAAUGUUUCUGAUUAACAGCCUGGGAUCCUCCUGGAGUGCCACCUUUAAUACCCCUCUUCCUACCUUAUUCUCCCCCUGGAGUGUCCAAACAGCACACCUCAGGCUGUAAAGGGUAUAAUAAAAUUAUUUUUA